GCUGGUUAGCUUAGCGUUAGCAUCUGGAGAGUCCCCGGCGGUGUGUGACGCCAUGGCCUGAAGGAGCCGAGGACAACCACAACAAUAGAUCAAAACCCAGAGAAGUGAAGUCAUGGCGUGCGCCCGCGUGCCGCUGGACGAGCAGCAGGUGACCGAGCCCGGGCCGCUGGGGAGAGAGCGCUCGCUGCCUGCACUGCACCCGGAGAGGAAGGAGGAGCGCUGCUUCGUGCCUUACAAGCCUCCGCCCGAGGACGGAUCUCCCGCGGUGGUGGAGGAGUUUAUGGAGUAUGCCAGAUUUAUCAUCGAGGAUCUGGAGUGGCUGCUGGCUCUGCCCCACGACAAGUUCUGGUGCCAGGUGGUGUUCGACGAGUCCCUGCAGUCGUGCUUGGACUCGUACCUGCAUCACGCGCCCCGGAGCCUGGACCUCGCCGCCCUGCCCUCGUCCCCGGCGGUGGCCGAGAUGCAGCGCUCCGUCCACAAGGUCGUCUUCUUGACCUUCCUGAGGAUGGCCACGCAUAAAGAGUCCAAGGAGAGUUUCCUCACCCCGUCAGUGUUUGGAGAAAUUAUCUAUGAAAACUUCCUCUUCGACAUUCCCAAAAUCCUGGAUCUGUGUGUGCUCUUUGGAAAAGGCAACAGCCAGCUUCUGCACAAGAUGAUCGACAACAUCUUCACUCAGCAGCCGUCUUACUACAGUGACCUGGAUGAGACGGUUCCCACUGUGCUACAGGUGUUUGACUCGGUCCUGGAGAAGUGUGGUCUUCACUGUGAAGGAGCCACGGCCAUGGAGCCCAUGAAGCUGAACGCACACAAGCAGCCCACCGCCAUGACCAUGAGCCCACAGGAUCUUGUCGAUAUAAUUCUGUACCUGUGUGACUCUGCCACCACCAUCCAUGCCUUCCUGGACAUCUUCCCUGCUGCCUGCUCCAUCUUCUACUCCAACGGCUUCCUCAGCAGACUGACCUCGUUCUAUGAGACCGUCGUGCCUGAUCUGGAGAAUGCGGUGAAGAAGAGGAACUUUGACGAUAAAGGGCUUCAGGACGACUUGUGGAAGAGGUUGUCCCACUCCUGUCGCAAGAUGGUGGAGAUGGCUCACCUGCUGCUGCACCACACCUGCCUGCAACCCAUCCUGGAGGGGACAGAAAACAUGCACACGUUCGCAGAGGAUCUUCUACAACAUUUCACUUCUUUUUUACCUGAAAAAAGGUUCUUGUCGGACUACGAUGAGCAGUUUCCCAUCUCCGACGACAUCAGCCUCCUGCACCAGGCCGUCCCCGUCAUCGAUGAGACCAGGACGUCCUACCUGCUGCAGGGAGUGGAGAGCGCCUGGGAGAGCGUCGGGCGGAGGAAACCACCGAGCCAGAUCCAGACUAAAGCCAAUCAGGGAGCUGCUGCUGGCGCCUCCUCAGCCGGUUUUAAUCCUCAGAGUCAGAUCCGAGAGUCGGGAGGAGACAGUGUGAGGGGAGCAGGGGCCAUGUUGGAUCCUCCCCGAAGAGAAAACGGUGCGUUGUGUCCGCUGAGCGAGGGCGAGCUGGAGUCGCUGCUGUCGUGCAUCAGUGACCUGCUGCCUGACUUGGGCGAAGGCUUCCUGCUGGCGUGUCUGGAGGCGUACGACUACAACUCCGAGCUCGUCAUCAACAACAUCCUGGAGGAUCGUUUGACUCCGAGUCUGGACAAACUGGACCGAGCUCUGUCGAGGCCUGUGAAGGAGGAGAUUCCAAACGUUCUGAGCGACAGAUCCAACGUGUUUGACGACGAUGAGUUUGACGUCUUCCGCAGGGACCAGGUGGACAUGUCCCGCAUCUGGAAGGGCAGGAGGAAAGGGGAGGACACUCGAGACAUGCUGAACGACAAGCGGCACAUCGAGGACCAGCGGGCUCGGUAUCAGACCUACGAGACCGUGGUGGACGAGGUGGUCCUCGAACCCGGUGAAACCGCCGCCACCUACGGCCUCGACGACUACGACGACGAGUACGACGACACCUACGACAUGAACCAGAUCGGAGCCAACGACCUGGACAGAGACAGUAUCCUGAACCGAAGACCGUUCACUAUCCCACAGAUUUUGAGAAAAGCAAACAAACAAGAGGAAGAGGAGGAGGAGGAAGAGGAGGGAGAGCCUUUACAGCACAACGUGGACAGGGACCAGUUUGUGCAGGACCCGGCUCUGCUGAGGGAGAGAGCGGAAGCUAGAAGAGCAGCGAUGCACCAAAGACGAGGUUUCCGACCGGAGCGAACCAGCAACGUGGUCGGCCAGCCCAAAGGCCGAGGACAGAGCACGGACACGCUGCUGGAGCGACGCAAGAAGGAGGCCAACAAGACCCGGGUGGGAAACCACAACCGACGCAGCAUGGCCGACCGCAAGAGGAACAAGGGCAUGAUCCCGUCCUGACCCGGUGACGGCUGCUGCUCCACCCGACCGGACUGAGGGCGGAGGACAGGUGUGACUGAGACAAACGGAGAAGGACUCUCGGUGGAGCUCCGGUCCUGAAGUGAAGCGAGAGAAGCUCCUGAAGGUUUUCAGUCGCUGGAGACAAAGUGUAAUUACUUGACUUUCUGAGACGCUCGUCAUCUGCUUUUCUUUCUCUAGCUCGUCAAUAACCAAAGUUCCGAGGACAAAGAAUGAGAUCUUUAUUUUUGCCAAGUAACAAAUCAGUUUAUUGUUAAGAUUCAUAGUGAUUGAGAGAAGUUUCUUUGACAUCAUAAUCAUCAUCAUCGAGAAGACAACAUA